UGUUUCGAAAUCAUGUUGGAUUUUAUAUAAAAAAUAAUUAAAUUAUAUAUGGUUUUAAAGUGAAAUUAAAUGUUGAAUUAACAGCGUUAUUGGCGUAACAGCGCACAGUGCGCCCAACAGCACUGCAGCGCUGCGGUGCCGGCUGCGGUGUGGUGAGGUGAGUUUUGGCGACCAGCGACGCCAGUGCGUGUGGUGAAUUUAGUCAGAUGCCGGAGCAAAACAAUAACAACAAGUUGUAUAAAUGUGAAAAUACAUUGAAAAGUACUCUGAAUUUGAGAACGCUGAUAAUAAACGCCUGAUAAACUCCCCCCCGAUGGCCGAUAAGUGUCGGCUAAGAACAUCAUAAACCCACCGGCAAUUAAAUACCAAACCGAUAAGAUCAGUGCCACAAAAUCGGUUCUUUUUGGAGGAAAGUAAGAACUUCGCACAUUUUUCUCACCACCCUCCUGGCGUGGGCGACCUGAGUUUGACUUCUUCAGCGGAAUAAGAAGACAAGAAAACGGAUAAAUAAUGCCGGAAUUUGUGCCAGCACGGGGCUUCAUUGAGAUGGAGAAACUCCUGAAACUCUAUGAGAAUCAAAAGGAUCCCAUUUACAUAUAUCUGUUUGGCGAGAAGGACAAGCAAGGGCGCUCCUGGUGUCCCGAUUGUGUGGAUGCUGAGGAGACCAUCAUGACUGCAUUCCGUACUAACGCCCCUGAAGAAUCCGUGAUCCUUAUGGUGGAUGUGGGCAAUCGGGAGGCCUGGAUGGAUAUUAAGGAUAAUAACUUCCGUAAACCACCGUACAAUGUCGAUGGCAUUCCGUCCCUGUUGCAUUGGAAGGGCGUGGAACGCCUCGAUGGCAUUCAAUUGACCAAAAAGACGCUCCUGGAGCUAUUCUUCGAGGUGACCGAUCCGAAACAGAAAGACUAAAAUUACACUCGAAAUAAAUGCCGGCUUGAGUGAAACUCAAAAA